CGCCCCGCCCCCAUUGACAAGGCAGGGAUGCAGGGCAUGCCUCUGAAAAGCCUGCAACCCCUCCAGACAGACCGGACCACUUUGGACUACACUCCUCAUUUAUUCCCCUCCAUAUGUUCUCCUCCACUCAGCUGCACGGAUUAGUUUAAGGGGAUUUAAAAGCGGAGAAUUACGCGCAAACGGCGCGCUUUUAUGGUUUUACGCUCAUUUAAUCAUUCCUGGAUCUAAAAAGUCGUAGUUCUGCUUCGCCUGUCAGAAACGCUUGGCAUGAGGGUGUAAGCCAGUUAGUUCACACUGCGUCCAGGUUGCUUAUUUUUCAAGGUUUUUUUAUUUUAAUUUCCUUCCUUUCUCCUGGAGGCGCGUGCGUUAUUUCUCCAUCUGCCAUGGCUGAUUCCAACGCUGAAUGCAACAUCAAGGUGUUGUGUCGAUUCCGUCCGCUGAACCAGUCUGAGAUUAUCCGCGGAGAUAAGUUCAUCCCGGUAUUCCAAGGAGAAGACACUGUAAUCUUUGGGGGGAAGUCAUAUGUGUUUGACCAGGUCUUCCCUACCAACACCACGCAGGAGCAAGUCUACAAUACAUGUGCCAAACAGAUUGUCAGAGAUGUACUUGGUGGAUACAAUGGGACUAUCUUUGCCUAUGGGCAGACCUCUUCAGGAAAAACACACACCAUGGAGGGGAAACUUCAUGAUCCCAAUGCAAUGGGAAUCAUUCCCAGGAUAGCCCAGGACAUUUUUGAACACAUAUUCGCCAUGGAUGAGAACCUGGAGUUUCAUAUAAAGGUCUCCUACUUUGAGAUCUACAUGGAAAAGAUCCGGGAUCUCCUUGAUGUAACAAAAACCAACCUGUCAGUUCAUGAAGACAAAUAUAGGGUUCCCUAUGUGAAGGGCUGCACAGAGCGCUUUGUCACCAGUCCAGAGGAAGUGAUGGAUGUGAUAGAUGAAGGGAAGGCCAAUCGUCACGUUGCAGUCACCAAUAUGAAUGAGCAUAGCUCUCGCAGUCACAGCAUCUUCCUGAUAAACAUCAAACAAGAAAAUGUAGAGACGGAGCAGAAACUCUGUGGGAAGCUUUACCUGGUUGACCUCGCUGGAAGUGAGAAGGUCAGUAAGACAGGUGCAGAGGGAGCGGUGCUGGAUGAGGCUAAGAACAUCAACAAGUCUCUGUCAGCUCUAGGGAACGUCAUUUCUGCUUUGGCUGAAGGAACGAAAUCUCAUGUGCCAUAUCGUGACAGCAAAAUGACUCGUAUUCUACAGGACUCGCUGGGUGGGAACUGCCGCACCACCAUGUUUAUCUGUUGCUCCCCUUCCAGCUACAACGAUGCAGAGACUAAAUCUACGCUGAUGUUUGGCCAACGAGCCAAGACCAUUAGAAAUACGGUCACAGUGAAUCUGGAGCUCACUGCAGAGCAGUGGAAGAAGAAGUACGAGAAGGAAAAGGAGAAGAACAGGUCGAUGAAGGAGACUAUACAAAGACUUGAAGCUGAGCUGAACCGCUGGAAGAACGGUGAUGUUAUUCUAGAGCGGCUGGGUGAAGGAUCUGAGGACGCCCCCUUUGUGCCUCUGGCUUUUGAAGAGCCAACUCUUGAAUUAUGCAGCCCGUGCACCCCCUGCACCCCUUGCAGCCCCUGCUCCAUAGCCUCAUCUAUUGUGGUUCAUAUCUCUGAAGAAGAACGACACAUGUAUGAGGAAGAGAUCUGCAAACUGUACAAGCAGCUGGAUGAUAAGGAUGACGAGAUCAACCACCAGAGCCAGAUGGUGGAGAAGCUAAAGGAGCAGAUGCUUGACCAGGAGGAGCUUUUAGCUUCAUCCAGAGGAGACAGUGAGAGGGUGCAUUCAGAGCUGGGCAGGCUGCAGGCAGAAAAUGAAUCCUCUAAGACUGAGGUGAAGGAGGUGCUUCAGGCACUGGAGGAGCUGGCUGUAAACUACGACCAAAAAAGCCUGGAGGUCGAGGAGAAAAGCAUGCAGAACAAACUCCUAGCUGAAGAACUUGAGAAGAAGAUGGCUCACCUUAGGGCUUUAGAGGCAGAGCUGUGCCGUAUCCAGGAGGUGAGCAGCCACCAAAGAAAACGCAUUGCUGAGGUUCUCAAUGGCCUCAUGAGAGACCUGCGUGAGUUCAGCACUAUAGUUGGAAACAGGGAAAUCAAGCUGCCCGUUGAGAUCAGUGGUGCAGUCGAGGAGGAGUUCACAGUGGCCCGGCUCUACAUCAGCAAGAUAAAGUCUGAGGUGAAGUCCAUGGUGAAACGCUGCCGACACCUGGAGAACCUCCAAACGGAGUGCAACAAAAAGAUGGAGGAAACAAGCCGAGAGCUGUCGUCAUGCCAUCUUCUUGUCUCGCAGCAUGAGGCAAAGAUCCAGUCUUUGGUGGAGUACAUGCAGAAUAUGGACUUAAAGAAGCGACAACUGGAGGAGAGCUACGAUUCCCUGACUGAGGAGCUGGCCAAGCUCAGAGCUCAAGAAAGCAUGUCAUGGGUGACCAGUGGGGAAAACAGCACAUCUCUCCAGUCUGAUAUUAAGAAAGCUCUAGAGGAGCAGAUGCAGUCACACCGUGAAGCCCAAAGCAAGCAGCUCGGCCGCCUCCGAGAUGAGAUCAAUGACAAGCAGAAGACCAUUGGUGAAUUAACAGACUGCAACCAGAAGCAGCAUCUGGAGUUGGAGCACCUGCACUGCGACUUUGAACGUCUCAGAAGUCGGGAGCAUCACAAGAGCUGCCAGCUGGAGGAACUGACAUUUCUGUGUGAACGGCACGAGCAGUCAAAGCAGGACCUCAAAGGGUUGGAGGAGACUGUUGCCCGUGAACUCUACACCCUGCACAACCUCCGUAAGCUCUUUGUUCAAGACCUCACGACUCGAGUUAGAAAAAGUACAGAUAUUGAACCUGGCGAUUCUGGGGGAUUUAUCACUCAAAAACAAAAGAUAUCUUUUCUUGAAAACAACUUGGAGCAGCUUAGUAAAGUUCACAAACAGCUGGUACGAGACAAUGCAGAUCUUCGCUGUGAGCUUCCAAAACUGGAGAAACGUCUUCGCUCUACAGCUGAUAGAGUUAAGGCACUGGAGGGAGCGCUGAAGGAGGCCAAGGAGAGUGCCAUGAAAGACCGUCAACGCUACCAGCAGGAAGUGGAGCGAAUCAAGGAUGUGAUGAGGCGCACUCCUUUCCGCCGGCCCCAUGCUGCACAGAUAGCCAAGCCUGUGCGCCCUGGUCACUACCCACUCGUCAACCACUUUUUUUUCCGAGGCUACAGUGAAAGCCCUGUUGCCUUCUGCAAUGCGGGAUUCCAGAAUAAAAACGAAGCAUCAGCUUCCAUUGAAGCUCUCCCAGCACAUGACGACAAGGCCAGAUUACCUGAAGAUGACUGCAACCAGAACAGCCCCGUAGAACAUCUAGAAUCACUAAGUGAUGACGACAGUGAUGCUCAGAACAUCAUGCCUCCAGCUGAAGCAGUAAGCAAAGCAGAGAAGUCUUCAGAAAUGCUUGAUUCAGAAAAUGGAAACACCACAGAUAUCAAUGACAACAGGACACAGCCAAACUCUAUAAGCGGCAAAAUGAGGCUCCAGCCUGCUAAGGCAGGCAAAUGUUUCUGAGGCCUCCAUUGUAAAUCUGCAUGGAGAUGAUCACUUUUGUCCCAGACUCCUCUUCAGGCCCUUUUCCCACCUGCUGUAAACAGUCCUCUUUGUGUCCGUUUCCUAGCCUCAGUCUAUUUUUUUCUGGCUCCUUCAUCUUUCUGUGUCUGGGUAGCUGAACAGCCAGCACCGCAUCUCAGAAACCUACCAGCCUACACCUGCAGCUGCACCCUGUCCCCAUAACUUGAAAUAGAAUGGGACAAAAAUAGAGGAGGGGAGUGAAAAGCUGCAGUGCAACGUCUUACCACCAGAGUGUGCUCAUUAGAUGUAGGGGCAAAUCAGAAGAAAAAAUAAAUACAUUUUAAACCCCCGUUCUUAUUAUCAUCUAUAGUAGGUUUAUGGACACAUAAAAACUCAACUCUUGAGGAUAUGAAAUGUAAAAUGUGAUGUGAAAACAGUCCUAACCCUGUGCUCACUUUGUUAGUAUUUAUUCUUUUUUCUGCAUGUUUAUUUUUGGAUGAAAAAGAUCUUGCUUGACAGUAUUAUGUUGAAAUAUUAGUUUCAUAAGAGCGCAGGGACUUUGUGAUGAAAUCUAUAAAUGGUUAACAGAAAAAACCCUGAAGCUAAAAGUAUUCUACAAUGUUUUAUAGUGGAAUGACCAGCUCUGUAUUUGUCAAUUAGAAGCGAUUAAUUUUCUUUCUUUGAAUUAGUGGGAUCAUUAAUUUAUUAGGAAUUAGGAACAUUGGUGCUCCCAUUCUUUCAUAGUUGAUUUUUUGAAGACAAGAAAACAUGUGACAAUGACAUAUUUCUAUUUUUACUUUAAACAGAUCUCUUAUUUUAUUCCACAUUUCAAGUAGAGUUUAGCUUAUCUUUUAUUUAAAGCCUCCUGGCAGCUGAUGUUUGACUAUCCUCAGUGUCACCAACUGAUUUAAUAUAAAAAGCUAUCAGGGUAAAGAGUUGCAUUCUGAUUUAUUCUAUUGUUCAUAACAUUUGGAAUUUUUAAAACCUGAUAAAGAGAGAAAGAAGAAAUAAAAAGCUUUUGGUUGUCUAAAUCCUGCUGACUUCUGGAAGGUUAGAUAUUGGAUUCUCUUUUAUUCUUUAAGAUGCAAAAUAUGCAUCUUUAAAAAUGAAUAAUGUGGACCUGCAACAAAAAGAGAAAAGAAAAUUAAAGGCAAAAAAAUAUUUAGACCUCAUUUUUAGAGCUAAGGGAAGUUUGAACUAUUAACUUAUUGCGUUCAUACAUGUUUACCUCAUUUUUUGAACGAAUGCUGUGACAAAGAAAACAUCUUGUUACAAGAACACAAAUCCCUUUUAACAUACGGUAGAUCCUAACACCCUAUUUCUGGGUGUUUUGAUUCCAUCCACAAAGUCUCAGUUUAGUUUCAGUAUGCUACAGAUUUAUGCAACUAUUGCAGUUUGGAUUACAUCAAGGUUGAUAAAACAAAACUAAACUGGCAAAGCUCAGUAGCGCUUGACAAAGAUUCUUCGUAUCCUAUCUUUUUACAGAAAAAUUUAUUUUUACAUCAGUAUAAGUAACACCACAGCACAGUAGCUUGCGAAAAUAUUUGUAACCUUAGAAACUGUUCACAUUUUUUUCAUAGUACAACCACAAACUUUAAUGUAUUUCACUUGGAUAUUCUGAUAGAGCAACACCAAUAGGUUUGUAUCUGGAACGAAAGGAAAAUUUUACAUGAGUUUCAAAAAUUUAGCUAAAGAAAAACAGGGCUAAGAUCUGAAAAGUGUGGGACGUAUUUUUGUAUAACCCCAUCUGAUAACCAAACAUACCGCCUAGUGCAGCCAGUUGCAUUUAAAACUAGUCAAUUGUCCACCUCUGUGUAAUUUAAUCUGAGAACACUUGCUAUAAAUAAUGGAUCUAAACCUCUGGGGGAAAAAACACAACAUUAUCAUGGAAACCAACCAAGAGACCAUCCGUGGAUACAGUUUUAGAGAAUUUUACAGCAGAGUUCAAUUAUUUUAAUUCUAUCCCAAUUUUGGAAUGCAUCUCAGAGCUCAUUUUAGGCCAUUUAAAAAUGUAAGUUUUAUACUUAUUCUAUGCUCUGCCAAGUAAUGGAGCAGACACGCAGAAAAAGAUGAUUUAGUCUCAUGAGACUAAAGCUUUUCACUUAAAGCAGUUGUCUUGCACCACAUACAGUACAAAAGCAUAACACCCUUUUUAGAUUUUUAUUAUUAAGCCAUUU